AUGGAUACCACCCUGAAUAUAAUCAAUAGUUCAAGGUUUUGUGUGUCUGAGUUCAUCCUGAUGGGGCUCCCAGGCAUUCACGAGUGGCAGCACUGGCUCUCCCUGCCCCUGGCUCUGCUCUACCUCUUUGCUCUUGGUGUCAAUCUCCUCAUCAUGAUCACCAUCCAACAUGAGCCUUCUUUGCACCAGCCCAUGUACUAUUUCCUUGGUAUUCUGGCUGCAGUGGACAUUGGCCUGGCCACCACCAUCAUGCCCAAGAUCCUGGCCAUCUUCUGGUUUGACGCUAAAAUCAUCAGCUUCCCUGAGUGUUUUGCUCAGAUUUGUGCUAUCAACUCUUUCAUGGGCAUGGAGUCAGGCAUUUUUCUCUGCAUGGCUGUGGAUAGAUAUGUAGCUAUUUGUCAUCCCCUACAGUACCCCUCCAUAGUCACUGAGGUUUUUGUGAUCAAAGUCACAAUAUUUAUGAUACAGAGAUAUGUUCUGUUGACCAUUCCACUGCCUGUACUGGCUGCCCAGUGACACUACUGCUCCAAAAAUGAGAUUGAUCAUUGCCUGUGCUCUAAUUUGGGCGUCACCAGUCUUGCCUGUGAUGACAUUACUAUUAAUAGUUUUUACCAGUUGGUCUUGGCCUGGAUUAUGGUUGGGAGUGACAUGGGUUUGGUCUUUACUUCUUAUGCUUUGAUUAUUCGCUCAGAGAUGAUGUUGAACUCUGCUGAAGCAACAUCUAAGGCCCUGAAUACCUGCAGCUCCCACCUCAUCCUCAUUCUUUUUUUCUACACAGCCAUUGUUGUAGUGUCUGUCAGCCAUCUGGCUAGAGGAAGGUUUGUCUUUAUCCCUGUUCUCCUCAAUGUGCUGCACAGUGUCAUCCCCCCAGCCUUAAACCCUAUGGUAUAUGCUCUUAGGACCUGGGAGCUGAGAGUGGGCUUCCAGAGGCUGCAGGGUUUGGAUGAGAAUGUAUCCAGGAAGUGA